UAUGGCACCGUUAAAAAUCAUUGGCGCAGGCUAUGGUCGAACAGGAACAGACAGUCUUCGUACUGCAUUAAACAUGUUGGGCUAUAAAACCCAUCAUAUGAAAUCAUUCCGAGAAGACCCAAAUCUUGACCCAGAUGAAUUCUAUGAGGGUUAUCAACAUCCUGAACAAGCGGAUUGGACCACUAUUUACCGAGAUUAUGAUGCAGCUGUAGACUGGCCAACAGCUGCUUAUUGGAAACCAUUGUUUCAGCAGUUUCCUGAUGCUAAGGUGAUUCUGACGGUGCGUACACCUGAAAGUUGGUACAAGUCUGUCAGAAAUACCAUUGGUAAAUACCAAGGCCAACAUAUGGACUUGACACCCAAUCAUCCUCGUUAUAAAUUUGCUCGUAUGGCUAAAGCAGUCUGUCUGGAAGGUCAAUUGGCUGAUCCUACUGUGACUGAAGAAACCUUGUGUCAAUUCUUCUUGAACAAUAUUGAACAAGUCAAACAAACCGUGCCCUCGAAUCAAUUGUUGGUCAUGGAGUUGGGUGAAGGUUGGGCAAGGCUUUGUGAAUUUCUGGAUAAACCAAUACCUAAUGAACCUUAUCCUAAUGUAAAUUCCACUGCUGAACAUCAAAGAUAUGUACUUGAUAGAAAAUAAAAGGAGUAAAUCAGUAUCACGUAACUAAAUUAAUUUUUUUUCUUUAUAUUUUUUUUUACCCCUUUU